UCUCGUGUUAUCCUUUGCUCAGCUCUUCAAUUUGGACUAAACUACUGUCAUUAGUGGAGAAAUCGGCGCGAUCAGUAGUAUUUGAGUUCCUAGAAAUCUUAAACAACUUUUAAGUUAUUUAUCUCAACACUGACGUGAAGGUUUGUUGAGGCAUUUCAGCACCGGACAGCGCUUUCUCUCUGCUUGGCUCACAAGUGCGCGUCUGGCACGUGGCAAUGACUAUCCGUCAUAGCUGGUGGGGGGCAAAAGGAGAGAGCAUGGCGGACUCUCCAUAACAUCCUCCCCACAGCUGCUGCUAACACGAACCACGAGAUAUGAGCAUACCGGAGUUCCUUCUGGAAGUGUCCAUUGUGAUAAUAGCUGUUGUUUCUCUGCUGACCAACUUGUCGGUACUGCUAUGUUUCGUUCAGAGCAGCGAUUUAAGAGCCCAUGUACCAGGAAUCUUUAUGAUAAAUCUCUCUUUAUCUAACAUCCUCCUCAGUAUUAUCAACAUGCCUGCCACUUUUCUGGGGGUGGUCAGUGGCGCAAACCCCUUGGGGGACUUGUUCUGCCACGUCGUCAGCUUUGCCGAGACUUUUAUCACCAGUAAUGCCAUGCUGAGCAUGGCGGCGCUGAGCAUGGACAGGUGGAUAGCGGUAGUAUUUCCUCUGAGAUACUCCAGCAAGAUGCGCUACAGGGACGCUUUUCUGAUCGUGGCCUACUCCUGGCUUCACUCUCUCAUCUUUUCUCUCACUCAGCUGAUGAUGAACUGGGGAGGCUACAGCUACACUUACGCCUCAUGCACAGUUCACCUGGACUUGGACCAGGUGUCUCAGCUGGGAAUCUACGCCACCUUCACAGCGCUGUUCCACGGUAGCAGCUUUGCGCUCUGCCUCCUCGUCUUGUGCUUCGCUUACCUGAAAGUUUUGAGAGUGGCUAAGUCACACUGCAAGAGGAUAGAUGUAAUUACAGUGCAGACUUUGCUUCUGUUGGUUGAUAUCCACCCCAGUGUGAAGGAGAGGUGCCUAGCGCAACGGAAGAAGAGAAAGCAGCGCGCCACUAAAAAGAUCUGCGUCUUCAUUGGCUCCUUCAUCCUCUGCUUUUCACCAUAUGUUAUCACCAGGUUGGUGGAGUUGUUGCCCUCUGUGCGCAUCCCUCGUUACUGGGGCAUUGCCACCAAAUGCUUGUUCUAUGCCAAGGCUUCCAGUGACCCAUUCGUCUACUGUCUUCUGCGGCAGCAGUACAGGAAGGUCCUGGUUAGUAUUAUCAGCCGAGUUGUAGGAAAAGAUCACUACUUACUGUCUGUGACCAGUGCAAGCAGCACAUUUGACACCACAGAUGACAGCUGUCUUGCCAGGAUUACUUGAGCUUGAUGUGGUCAUUUUUAAAUGAUUUAAUGCUUUGAUCUUUUUUGUAAAAGGUCACAGUCUUUAAAGUCAAAAAGGUCAGCAGAUUGAAAGAAGUCAAUGCCUUGCUCAAGGACUUUUUAACAAAGAACUGUAUCAUGUGACUGUUAAAGGAACAUUAUUUUCCACUGGGAGAGCUGUGAAGGACACAUAACAAUUCAUACUGAACGGCACCUCUCACGUCCGAUGUGUGCCGAAGCCUUUUCAGCCUCUACAGAUUGCUGUUUCCAUAGGGCUCAUUAGUUUGCCUGGAGAUGCACAACCACAUGAAAACUGCAACAUGUUUAGUACUGUGGAAAUGUAUCUAUAAAGUGUGAUAACACUGGAUUUGUCCAUUUGCUCAUUUAUUAUUGUUUUAUGCUUACAUUUUGUUUGUGUUAAUGACUGAAAUAGAGUGCAAAAAUAGAUACAAAGAAGAUGUGUGAAAUUGUUAUAUCAGAGCACUUUCAAAA